AUGAGACUUAGCACAUCCUCCCUCGUCGCGCUGCUGGCUCCGGCCGUCACUGCUCGCUUCAUCGAGCGGACCGAGGGCAACAACGUACAGCUGUAUCCCCAGGGCGUAUACGAGGAGUCCAGCGAGAAGUUCCUGGUUGAACUGGCGCCUGGCGACACCAAGUGGAUUACAGAGGAGGAGAAAUGGGAGCUCCGACGAAAUGGCCAACAGUUCAUGGACAUCACCGAGACCCAAGACCUCGGCGCAUCCCGGCUCCACGCUUUCGCCAACGUAGUCUUCCCAGCCAAGGCCUCGUUCCAGGACAAGGUCAAGCCGCUGCUCAAGAACCUGUCCAAAACAGAGAUGCAUGAGAACCUCGAGAAGUUCUCCAGCUUCCACACCCGCUACUUCAAGUCCGACUACGGCAAGCAGUCCUCCGAGUGGCUCCUGAAACAGAUCAAGGACAUCAUCAAGGAGUCCGGUGCCGAUGAUGUCUACGCCGAGGCUUUCCCACACUCGUGGCAGCAGAGUUCUAUAAUCGCGACGAUCCCUGGGCAGACAAACUCCACGGUUGUUGUUGGCGCCCACCAGGAUUCGAUCAACCUCUGGUUGCCCUCGAUCCUUGCUGCACCGGGCGCGGACGAUGACGGAAGUGGCACCGUUACAAUCCUCGAAGCUUUCCGCGUCCUCCUGAGCUCCGACGCCGUCAAGAAGGGCAAGCUGGAGAACACCAUCGAGUUCCACUGGUACUCGGCCGAGGAGGGUGGCCUGCUGGGGAGCCAAGCAAUCUUCUCCGAAUACGAGAAGCAGGGCCGGGACGUCAAGGCCAUGCUCCAGCAGGACAUGACCGGAUACGUUGAGAAGACCAUCAAGGCUGGAAAGCCUGAGAGCGUCGGCGUCAUCGUUGACUACGUCGAUUUGAAGCUGACCGAGUUCAUCAAGAAGAUCGUCGUUGAGUACUGCGAUAUUCCCUACGUGGAAACAAAGUGCGGCUACGCCUGCUCGGACCACGCCUCUGCCUCCAAGGCUGGCUACCCAUCCGCAUUCGUCAUCGAGUCUGCGUUCGAGGACAGCGACGGCCAUAUCCACUCUACCGACGACACCAUCAAGUACCUGUCAUUUGACCACAUGCUUCAGCAUGCCCGCAUGACUCUUGCUUUUGCUUACGAACUCGGGUUCACCAACUUUGCUAAGCUCAAGAGCGGUGUUGAGGACGAGCUGUAA